GGUUAAUAAAACUGUCUCUGUUUGUGUCGAAGGUAUCGCCUCAGAGACCGAGAACCACGAGAAGAAAGACAUCCUAGUUUUAGUGGAAAAAGGACGGACUCUCCACCUGCAGGGCGUCGGCCGGACAGAUUUCUCUCUGUGGUACUCGGACAUCCAGCGGGCGGCCGGCGGCAAAGGAAACACUCUGAGGGAACAGCAGCUGAGCAGAAACGACAUCCCCAUCAUCGUGGACAGCUGCAUCGCCUUCAUCACUCAGUACGGUCUGGGCCACGAGGGGAUCUACAGGAAGAACGGCGCCAAAUCCAGAAUCAAACUCCUGAUGGAGGAGUUUCGUAAAGACGCUCGAAACGUCAAACUGCGCAUCGGAGACCACUUCAUCGAGGACGUGACGGACGUCCUGAAGAGGUUCUUCAGGGAGAUCGACGACCCCAUCUUCAUGGCCGAACUCCACCCGCUGUGGCAGGGGGCCGCCA